AUAGUGAGGACAUCAUCAGACCAUUGAUACAAAAUGGAGAAGAAAAGCAAAGGAACCCUGGCUGUUGUAUUGUGGGCUUUAACACAAGGUGUUCUGGCCUCUGCUGUGGAAGUCCAGCCCUCCAUCAACCCUGCUGUAGUCGGGGACUCUGUGACACUGUCUCUGUCUCCUUCAGCUGCUCUGAACAGUGGAAGCUGGGCAGUGGGAGAGUCUCUCAUCCUCACCUGGCUGGGAGACCAGCAGGCAGUCUUCCCCAGUCACAGCGGCAGGGCGUCAGUCAACGUCCUCACUGGAGCUCUCACCCUGAGCUCUGUCACGGUGGCUGACACGGGAGUCUACACAGUGCAGAGCAAUGACCCCCAGCUUAGUGCCAGUGCGUCCUUCACUGUCCUGGAGCUGAUUUCAAACGUGACACUGAGGAUGAAUCAAACCGACCUGAUUGAGUUCAACAGUUCACCGGUCAUUGAGUGCUCCGUCUCCUCUGGAUCCUUUCUCUCUUUCCUCUGGCUGAACGGCAGCUCUGAGGUCACAGCCAGCGACAGAGUUCAGCUCACUGAUGGAAACUCCACUCUCACUAUAGUCAACGUGACCCGCUACGACCAGGGACCGUUCAGGUGUCAUGUGGUCAAUGCUGUCAGUAAUGGCACCAGUGAUGCAGUAAACUUUACUAUCAGCUAUGGUCCAGAUAACAUGGCGCUAACAGUAAACGGACAGAACACGACUUCCUUCCCCGCUGGAUCCAAUCUGACCAUGCUCUGUUCGGCACAGUCCAAUCCUCCAGCUCAGCUUCAGUGGGCUGUCGGAGGAGAGCUUGUGAACACUACAGGUCCACUGUUGGAGCUGUUCAGUGUCAGCGAGGGCCAAAGUGGUGCAUAUUCCUGUCUGGCCUUCAACAAUCACACCAACAUCAACAGCAGCAUCACUGCAAACAUCCUGAUAGGAGAGUUCCCGUUGUCAGGGUCUGAACAACAGGCAGUCAAUGUGUGGCUCCUGCCACUGCUACUAUUGGUUGGGUUCCUCUUCUCAGUGUCAGAUGUUGGUGGCUCAUUCUGUCCAUGGAUGACUCUGAUACAAUGAACAUUUGAGCAAUAACAUUCACAACCACUUCUGUGUGUCUCAAGAUUAAAAUGUUUGGUUGUUUUUUGAUUCAGCAAUUAAAUUAUGAAAAAAAAGGUUAAAAUCAGUCGUGUCAAAUAUUUGUAAUGUCUGCAAACUUAUUCUAUUUCCACGCCCCAGUAUCUUGAUCCUGCUUGGAUCUUCGUCAGGUAAAAAUUGAUGAAGAUUUUGACCUGACGAAGAUCCAAGUAGGAUCGAAACUUUGGGUGCGUUCUAAAUCACAUGCUUUUUCGUUCUACUUUUAGUAGGUUCUGCAGCUGCCCUUAAAAAGUAAAACUGUUGCAUGCCCAAUGCACACAAUCAGGACACACUACUGUCUCAUAACAUUACACCCUGAACUUUGACUCUCUUGCUUUUAUACGCAUAACCUUAGAGAUAAAAAAAAAAUGCCACUUACUGAGUUCGCCAGAUCAACCCGGAAAGCUCUGCUGUUGUUACUUUGCAAUGUAUGAAGUUUAACUUUAAAGUUAUAACACGGAUUGUAGAUUUGUGACAGUG